GAAGCGGGAUCGCGAGGCUCGCCAUGCCGAGUGGGGUCUCACCCUCACUGUGGUCGCGGGUGGCCCGUGGACGAGAUCCCAUCGCGCUGCUGCUGGCUACGUGCUGGACUUCGAGGGCUGCGCGCGGUGCGGUUAUGCGAGCGAGACAUUGGUUCACAGGAGCUGGCAGUGUCCUGCGAACGUGGGCCAGGAGUUAGAUUCCGCUGCAGCCCUGGUGCCACGGGCACUCGCGGGCCAUGAGUCCUCGCCUGACAUGUGGCUGCGCGGGGUGCCCGCCUCCUGCAUGACCACCCCUGUCUUCUGCGACCAGCGGGCGGAGCAGGCCGCGGUGUCCUUCGGCGCGGACGACACCCUGGAGGCAGCGAGGCGCGACGACGGCUUCGUGGUGGUCUACGGUGAUGGCUCUGGUGGGAAGCAUUCGGACGACCCGAGGCGCCGACGCUGCGCUGCCAGCAUCUUGGUCAUGGGCCAGGACGAGGAGGGUGCGUGGCCUGAGCUGGUCUGGUUCCGUGCUGUGCCUGUGCCUGGCAAAUGGCAGACGGUGCCGCGUGCGGAGAUCCUCGGCUUCGUGCUGGCGCUUGAGUCCGUCGGCGGCAACCUUAGGUACGUGACAGACCACGAGCCUCUUAGGCCCCCUGGCGAGAUCGACGUGGUCUGGGUGCCAGCGCGCACGACCCAGGACGAGCACCUGCACUUGCUCAGGUCCGAGGCGGACCUCGAGCGGGCGAUGGGCAACGCUGUUGCUGUUGCGCUCGCGAGCGCGACAGCGGCGGCGUGUUGGCGGCUCGGGCUUGCGGAGGCAGAGCCGCACACCGACGUCGUGGGCGUGGAGGCCCGCAUGGUCCGCAGGAGGGCCUGCCGAGCCCUCGACCUCGCGGCUGAG